AUGCAAGCCCAUUCCUUCAUUGUUAUCUCAUCUCUCAAUCGCUAUCAAUCAACAGAGCCACGCACUCCCGUUACAAAUGUACAGCAUGUCACCCUACAUGUGAUAGCAAAACGACUGGAUAACUUUGACAUUCAACAACGAAUGAUUGUGAUUAACUUAGUGGAAGACUCACAACUAGAAAACGCAUUACGUAACACUUUCCGUGGUAAAAAUGUGAACCCCUACAUCGCGGGGAUCCGAUCGAGAUAUAUCAUUCCUCGAGGGAAAGAACAUAUUUUCAAAAACAACGUUGGGACCAUAGUGUAUAUUGGAACUCAACAAAAAUUCUACCCAGGAACGCUUUCCAUUGUGAAAAAUCUGCAGACGGUGCCAGACUUUUGCACAAGACCUUCAACAGUUGUGAUGAAUAAGUAUUUCGCUCCGACUUUCUCAGUUGAUUGGUGUAAUGUUGCCGUGAGGAAUAUUUCAUCAGUGGAAGAUGAAAUGAAUGAAAAAAUCAUCAAUGAGAAUACUGAAGAGAAGCCAAGAAAAGAAGCUGUUGUUGAGGAAACAAGUGAUAAACCGGAACAACCACCACGAGAACUAUAUGGAUAUUCGGAACAUGGAUUCAGCAUCGUACUGGUAGCCAUCAUUCUGGGAGUCUGUGCACUCCUCAUUUUUGCAUUGGUGCUUAUUUUUUUUGGGUCAAGAGAAGGACAGAAAUGGAGAGACGACAAAACGUCUGGUGAAACCAUGGGAGAAUUUGUCACAAUUCGUGACAACCAAAAGAAGUUGCGAGAGCUUUCUCUCCAACGACAACUUCUGAGCAUGGGACCAGACACCAACUCCACUGCUCCUUCUGGAAUUCAUUCAUAUUUGCAAUCGAGAAGCAGGGCUCCAAGUACCAUCGCAAGAUUCAGCAAGAGUGCAAGUAGACUUAACGAUAGAGAAGACACCAUUGAACUUCUUCCAUCCGUCGAUCACGUCCCAGUUGGCAAGCAGACUGUUGCAGAAGCUGCUAAACAAUGUGGAAGUUCCUUGCACUUGUACAGAAAUCCACUUAGUGAUGAAAGCGAUGAGCAAGUCACUGAAAGCUCAGAAGAUGAAAACUAG